CCUUAGUCAUUAAAUUUUUGUCUCUAAAAUCAUAAUUUGUGGUCGUGCAUCUUCAUUAACAAGACCCUUUGGAAAAAAGCCUAAAUUCUAACAAAUGGUCAUCUUUGUUUUUCUUUGGGCCAUGUUGGGCACCCAUUUUACAGAGUCAAGGGCAAUCAUAAGGUACUAUGCAGCAAAGAAUGCAGACUACGGUCCCAACCUACUAGGAACCACUCUGGAAGAGAAAGCCCUGGUUGACCAGUGGCUCGAGAUCGAAGCACACAACUUCAACGACUUGGUGUACAACAUGGUUCUUCAGCUGGUGGUCCUCCCACGCAUGGGGGAGCAAAGCGACUUGGCAUUGGUCCACAGCUGUGAGGACAAGCUUGAGAAAGUGCUCGACAUCUAUGAGCAGAGGUUGUCGAAGAGCAACUAUCUAGCUGGAGAUUCGUUCACGCUCGCUGACCUCAGCCACCUUCCGGCUAUUAGGUAUCUGUUGAAUGAAGCUGGGCUUGGACACUUGGUUAGAAACAGAAAGAAUGUGAAUUCUUGGUGGAUGGAUAUUUCAAGCAGGCCUGCCUGGAAGAAAGUCAUGAAUCUCAUGGACUAGCUUUUACUUUCUUAUUUUAUUUUAUUUUAUUUUGAGAAUUGUUGUUUAGACCGACUAAUCCUGCCCUAAUCCAUCUUGUAUCUAGUAUUACAUUGGUUUAGUUUAUGUGUCCCAACACAUACUAACCGACGUGAUACCAAUACGUGGUCGGUUUUAGAAGUGGAUUAAUCGGCAUAAUUAAAAAUCGUUUUUCUUUAUGUACUUGUUCUAUUUUAUUUCUUGGGGUGAUUGGUUGAAGUGAGCCAUGCUUAUCGUCUCUCUUGUAAGAACAUCUUUAUAAUGUAGGGGUAUUUCGUA